ACCUUACUCUCUCUCUCUCGCUCUCUCUCUCUCUCUCUCUCACUCGUGUCUGAGUGUCUGCCUCUCUCGCUCACUCUCUCACUCGUGUCAUUUCCAAGUCUGAGAUCCAUGUGGCCACUUCACCGGCACGUUUAUCGUCAACAGAGGGGAUAGGGGAUAAAAAGGGGGGUGGUUGAAAAAAAAAGGAAAAAAGAAAAGGACAAAAACAGUGCUACAUAGUGAGCACAUGGGCAGAACAUUUAGUACCCUGGAUGGUAUCAGAUGAGAGGGGCGGGAUUGAAUUAAGGAGGAAUAAGACCGAAUUUCCAGCCGGCUACCACUGUUUUCGGAGAAGACAUACAAAACAGAAAACUCAAGGUAAUGUGAGUCUUUAUUUCUUCUAUUUAUCACUUCUGUUCCGCUCUUUGAGGACUUAAUUAAGCAUCUAAUGGAGGCAUUGUGUCUACCGGCUUGCUGAUGUUCCCUCUUCAUGUCUGGGUGACUUAAAGGGACACUUGUUAUAUAGUCUACACACACUGUGAAGAGAGAAGAAUGGCUUUCCUCAUCCCUCCAACACCCCAAAACCUGCAAACCAUUGUAGAAAAAAAACAAAAAACAUGAUGUCCAGUUGAAGGUGUUCUGUUAAAAAGAUGUUCACGUCUGGAUGUUGAAUCUGCCACUCCAUGGGGGCAUUUGAGGAUACACUCAGCUGUAUCUCACUGUGUGCUCUGGUAAAUAAGGGCUGAAAAGAAUUCACAUGUAAGCGUGUAUAGGUGAGUGUAUGUGUGUGUGUUAAUGUGGCUGCCACUGGUGGUGGAUAACGACUACAGUUUACAUGCAGAGAGAGGACCCCUUCUGGCUUAGAGGUACUGUAUCUCAUUGACGUACCCUUUUUUAGUCACAUUCAUUGUGUUGACUCUUUUUUAGACCUCGCUUCACAAUACGGGGUGAGGAAGCCUCUAAAUGACUCAAAGUAUAUGGGUGUUAUCAUAUGAAAUGGUGAAAUAGGAUCAGAGCAGGCCACAGUUUGAGAAAAAUGACCAGAUCUGGAUGCACCUUAGGUUAUGUUUUCCAGUAAAGAGAAAUAACAUCAUGUUCUCAUACACAGAUAUAAAAAGAUUCACAGUUCCUUUAAAUGGCCUCAUAAAAACAUCAAACAUCACAGCCAGAGCACACGCAUGUCAGGACCCUGUCAGAGCAGCAUCUUCUCUAAAAGAGUAACAGCCUUAUUAUAAACAACUUCACACGCUUUUUUUAAAAUAAUCAUUCUUUGAUGCGUUUGGUAGUAGAAUAAAAAAAAAAAAAAGAGACUGUCCCAUGUGAGAGACUGCUGUGGUUCAGGGUUUCAGUCUCUGGGACGGUCAUGCACACUGUGUGCUCACAUGUUCAUGUAUGAAUCAGCAGCGGAGCACGGAUGUGAGACAGAAUGUACAGAUACACAGUGUGCGUCUGUGGAUGUGGUCUUUGCCUCAUUGUGAUGUGUUCCUGCAUUCCUACGCUGGGUAUCUCAGAUUAGGUACAUGAAGCCUACAUGCCAUUUUGUCUGAGCCUGAGCUAUUUACAGUUAGUCUCACUGUUCACUGUUUCAUGGAGAUAAUUUGUUUAAAAAGAAAAGACAAAAGUUGAAUGUAACAUUGAUUAAAUAACUUUAAGAAAGGCCUUUACAUGUGAAUCCAUUAAGGAUGACUAUCCAAAAUGCAGUCAAAUGCACACUGACUUUGUUUGAAUUGAAGUGGUGUGUUGAUGUUCAUAUGAGGAGUUUAUAAAUUAGCAUAAUUACAUGAGUGAUAUCUUCCUUUUGUUGUUUAAAACCUGAAGCUGUGUGGUCCGUGAGGGGGUCUCAGAUUGGUGAGCACCAUCAGACUUUGCCAGCGGGGAACUGUGAAUAGAAGGAACAUUGUGUUCAGACACACAUACAUACACACACACACACAUACAUACACACGUACACACAUGUACAUACACACAUCAAGUCACAUCGAAAAUGAAAACCACCAAACUGAAAAGUCAACAGGCAAGGUGUUGGCUCUCAAGAGAUGGACAUUUUGUCCCACGCUCGAGUCGAAGAGUUCAGUAAACAAACACUUGAUCCCCUGUCAGUGACACAAAAUUGGACAUGCAGGAUGAACUGUGCAGACACCAGUAAGACAUGUCAUUAUGGGCGGAUGUUAGCGGCUGGUCUUUUCCAGUCUGAGGAAACGAGUUCAUGUCUUGAUCAAUAUCCAGUGCAGUGAGCUCGUUCCUCACUGGACGAAGCUUUGUUACUUAAUUUCUCACAUUACAAGCUCUCUAUGAACUUAGUCACCAAGGAGGGAUGUCCAGAUAUUUGCACAUAGUCAUCACCGGCUUCUGGGAUGUCCGGAAGGAGAAAACAGGCCAAGUGAUGGAAAAUUCUGGAAGAUGUAUGCAUGGAUUUAGAGCAGCCGUUCUGCUCUCUUAUAAUGCCCUCGAGCCAAGCUUGCAGCCUCAAAUAGUCUCUGAGGAAAUGUGAAACAUGCUCCUAAUAUCGCAGUUUUUGCUGCAGAAAUAAUUUAGACUUUGGUCAUGUUGGCAGAGUUUUUGAUGAUUAGGCAGCUAUGAUAUAAAUUCUGUACUUUUUAAAAUACUAAUUCUUUUGGCAGAAACACCUAAAUGUUACUCAACGUCACAAAGCAUCAGGUGCUCACAGCUGAGAUAAUGGGAAAUGAUUUUCAUUCAAGGGUUUUGACUUUAAAAUCAGUGAGAUUAUCUUUCAUCUGUCUUCCAUUAGUUGUUCUUAUAAAUGGAUCAACACAAGCUCACUUUAAUUCACGCCUUUAUAUUAACCUCUUUCCCCUUUUACAGUCAGGUUGAAAAAUAAAUUAUACUCCCUUUUUUUCUUGCAGUAAAUAUAGCUGAAGAUGAAAAUAGUCAUUGUCAGCGUGUUGAAAUGUUGAAUAUUGCUUCAACUCCUGUGAGAAACACAAGCAAUUCUCGAGAACCCGUCCUGACUUUUGUUUCAUCAUUGCGGAUAUUCCCCUCUCAACUUGCAACUUCACACUGGCCGAAAAUCCUCACAUCAGCAACACCACAACACAGUCCCACAACAGCUGUGAGCUGCUGCUAUUCAAGCGAGUGUUAACAACUCAGCUGUUUCAUGUGAUAAUCAUCGGCAAAUAGUAUGUUUGCCAACAUACUUAACAUAGCCAACCAGCUUUUUUCAUUGUCCUCAAACAAUGUCAAGACUAUUUUGCCAGAGCGGACUGAACCCGCCUGCAGCUAUUUGUAUUGAGGUUGCUAACAAUGACUCUCGACACGGGCCGCUGCUGUGAUGAGAGAGAGGUAAUGUUUAAGUGCUGAAAAAACACAGGCUGUGAGAUUUUUAUGACCGUGGAAAAGCUGCAGGUGUAGUUUUGUUGUUGCUGUAAAUCAGAGGUCUAUCUAUCUAUCUAUCUAUCUAUCUAUCUAUCUAUCUAUCUAUCUAUCUAUCUAUCUAUCUAUCUAUCUAUCUAUCUAUCUAUCUAUCUAUCUAAGAUAAUUGAAUAUACUGUAUUCAUCUGCAUGAGCCUCAAGUGUGAUGAGAGGGCUAUUUAAAGAAAGGAAUACAGAAAAAAAAGUCAUGUGGGCAUAAUGGCCAUAAAGGUUGAGGUCAAAUACUGUGAAAACCAUAAAGGCUAUAACAUUUACUCAGCACGGCAGGAAUGAAAUUCCUACAACCAGAAAGACUCUCAAAUACCUAUUUCUGCCCGUCUGAAAGCCUCUGUGUACAUUGCGUACUGUCCUUGCGUCUGUAACAUUUGCCUCCUUUUCCCUCGUUCUGACAAAUUGUAUCUAUAAAAUGUUCUAGUCUUUACUUGUUGUACCACAGAUGAAAUGAAAUAAGAAAUAAAAGUACAAGAAACCACAAUAAUUAAGCCUAAAAGCCCUCGAGGAGGCAGCAUACAAGCUUAUUCCGACAAUGCCACACACACACGCACACAUGCAACAAAUAAAAACAGCCCACAUGUAGCCCUGUGCUCCAAUAAGAUGUUAUUAACAUCCCUACUUGAGACGAGUGGCGUCAGUUUUAAGAUUUCAACCUGCUUCAUCACAAACACAACGGGGGGAGAUUACAUGACUGUACCGACAGCAUCUGUACACUGUGUGAGCCCACACUUUUCCUGCACAUGGAGGAAGACUAGGGUUCAGAUACCAUUACACAAUUAAGAGUGAAAAUACCUGAGCAAUGUUCAGCCCUGCUGCACAUUUCAUAAGAUAUGUGGAUGUUAUUUAUAGAUUGACAAAGAGCACAAAGAGCGAUAAACAAAUAGUCCGGAACAUACUGUACUUUAGUGAGUGCAGUGAAUGUUACAAAAUAAAAUGAGUGAGGUAAGCAGCAUGCUGAUGCCGCAUGUUUAUGGUAGAGUAAUUGCUUCAUCUGUUGGGAAUCAGACAAGGUGCAGUAGAGUUAGAAACUGCAGUGUCGAGUAACGUCCCUCAUACAGCUGGGAUCAAUGUUAACAUGGUAUUUUCUGUGAAACUGUAAAAAUAUCUCCUGUGCAGCACAUUGAUUCGGGACAUGUGCGCUCCUAUGGCCAAAAGUUAUAUAAUGUUUGGGAAAGCAUGUUUACUGGAGGAUUAGGAGGAUCUUGCAUUAAUAACUUCUGCGAAAGAGUGAUUUCGCUGCUCAGCCCUGCAAAUUAGAUUUAUAGUCUAUCAUGUGCUGUUUGUCUUGUUGCACGUUUGUCUACUGUGAAGACAUGAGGCACAGGAAUGUUAUUUAUGGCACGGAUUGCUAAAAAGCAGACUUCUGUGUUUAUUAUCUCUUACAGUGUUACUGUGUGAUGCCGAUACACAGAAAUGACCACUGAUCAGGAUCUACCUAUGGACGGCCAGUCAGCCACUGCUGUGUUUGCUGCAAAGGGCAUUGACAUAACAGCUAACAAAGACAAAGGAGUUAUCAAGGUAUGUGCUGUCACUGCUUUUAAUACUUUCUCUGUAGACGUUCAAAUUUUCAAAGGUUUGAUCAUUGUUUUUUUUUUCAUCUAGACCUAUCUGUUAUUUUUGUGGCCUUAAAAAAAGAGGGUUUCUUGGUCUUAUUGUGAGCUUUUCUUUGUGUCCGCAGGUCGUGAAACAUCCUGGCCUAGAUGGAGACCGGCCGAUGAUUGGGGACAGGGUGACUGUCCACUACACUGGGAAACUUCUCACUGGAAAGAGAUUCGACUGCAGUCGAGACCGCAAAGAACCUUUUAGCUUCAAUGUAGGCAAAGGUAAGCUCAAAUUAGACAUUCCUACCAAACCAGCUGGGCUUUUUUUCUUCCUGUGUGAGGACAUUUUUCAAAUUCUGGACCAUUACUGAAAGUAAUUGCUGACUUGCUGAUAAGAAAAUUUGCCAACCGGUCAGCCAUGGCCUGAAAAAGUAGCAACAAACAAACUUGUAAGGGCUUUCAGGGUAGUGUUUUUUUUUGUUGUCAGCUUUAUUGAGAAAUAGCAAAAAAUCCACAACUAAGAGUUAGUCAGCAGUGGUGGAAUAAUGAUGUUACACAUUCAAUCUCAAAAAUAGGGUAAUAGGGGAUUCAGGGUGGCGCAAGACUUGAGACUGGAGGAAUCUGAGGCGAAUUUUUCUGGUUUCCUUGGCUGCACAUGUUAGAAUCGACAUCAAUGAAGCUUGGAUUUAGAGACAGUGUCCAAUUGCUCAUUUUUGUAUUUUUUAAUUAGUAAGGUGAGGUAAAGAGAGUAAAUCUGCAGGUAUAAAGUUAAAUCAAAUUUUGUUACCUUGGACCACAACACUACAUAACAGGCAGAGCAGAGGUCAGAGGUUAAAACAUCCCAAACUGUUUAUAUGGAGUUAGGAUUGGUAUUGUAUCACAGCUGAUGUCUGCUGCCUCUUCUGCUGUUCACGUUAGCUAAAAUGAACAUUUCUGAUAGUAAUUAUCCUUUCCCUCGACUUCAAGUUUUGCAUUCAUAAACAGAGAGUGUUUAUAAAGAUUCAAAGUAAGAUGAGAAGAAUGAAGCCUUCCCCUUUUUGUUGAGUAUGAAGCAAUAGCCAGCAGACUGAAAACAACUACAGAUAGCCAGGCUCUGCUCCACGACAGAGUCCACCAACCAGCAGCUCUCGAAGCUGCCAACUAAUAAUUUUCUAUCUUGUUUGUUUAAUCUGUGAAAAAAUAAACUGUGAAAACAAAACAAAAGAAGAGGAUUUAUAAGGGGAUUAUUUGAUAAUUUGCUAGACUAUUCCUGUCUGGGAGCAAUAACUUCUCAGAAACGAGGAGUAGCUGGAAAAAUAAACUCUCUCUCUUGUAAAACUCCGACUUGAGGUUUUCACGCUGAUUAUUUAUUUUUUUGGUUUUAUGCUGUUUCAGAGAAUUAUAUUUCUUUUAAACAGAACCAAGUGAGGCAUUUCUCUUUGGUUCUAUUAUUUAUGUUUUGCUAAAAAUCCCCUUUCAGUAGCUUCAUAUUAAAAAAUAUUGUCAUUGAAGUGUUCUUCUGGAACUUCUCCAAACUAUUACUUUGAAUCCUUCCAAAUAUUAAGAUAAUCUAAUAAAUCUUAAAAUAUUAAAUGAUCUUCAUGCUUCUUUCACUUACAGGACAAGUCCUCAAGGCCUGGGAUGUUGGUGUGUUGUCCAUGCAAAGGGGAGAGGUGUGCACGUUACUGUGUAAACCUGAAUAUGCUUAUGGAACCGCGGGUAACCCUGAAAAGAUUCCUCCGAAUUCAUCAGUAAUGUUUGAGGUAGGUGCCCAACGUCUGUGCUGCUGUUAACUCUGCAUCGCACCAUGGGACCUUGAUAAUUUAAGAGCAUGUGUCAGUCUCCGCAGGAGGAGCUCUCUGGUUGUGAAAAUUAACUGGUUUGUCUAUUUUAAUCCCUCUCAGUCAAGCAGCCAGAAUAUUCAGUCCACUCCCCACUCUAACCAACCUCUUUUAGCACAGUGGGGAUACAAUUCAGUGCCUCUCUGUCCCCUACAAUCAAUGAUAAUUAUUGUUCUGUUCUGGGAAAAGGCCAAAGAGAUUAAGUGAACUGUCCUGCUAUACAAUACACUCCCCAUGGACACAGCCCUGUUAUAAACAUGUUUUUUUUCCCUCUUUCUUUCUUUGUCGAUGCUCCACUUUUGUUAAUGCCAAAAAAUAAUCUUCUGGGACUGCCACAGGUGUUACCAAGUAUUCCAAACUCAGGGGUCUAGUUUUGGCCCCUUUAUGUGGUUCUUGUUUAAGCGUAUUUAGAGAUUAGAUAUUAAAAUAUAAGGAUUUUUCCUCCAUAAUUUAAGAAGCAGCAACUAGCAACACAUAAACUUUAUGAUAACACUUUACUUGACGCCUAUCUCUAUAACACAUCAUAAAUAUGUGUAUAAUGCAUUAUAAUCAUGUUAUAGCAUUGUAGAGCUAUAGUUGUAACACUCAUAAUUGAUCAAAAUGCUUUAUAGCAAUAAUCACAACACAUUAUAAAGAAUUUGAUCAUGACUUACAAGAUCAGGUAUUAUAAUGUGUUAUAACUGUUAAUAACUCAUUAUGAUCAUUUAUGAGUGUUUAUAACUAUAGUUAUACAGUGCUAUAACACAAUUAUAACCCAUUAUACAUAUAUUUAUAAUGUGUUAUAGAGAUAGGCAUCAAGUAAAGUGUUACCAACUCUGUUUUUCCACUUAUUUGCGGUGUACUAACAUUCAAUAAAAUGUAAACCACACACUAUACUGUAGCUGUAAGCAUACAUGGUUAUCACUCUAUUUGUCAACAACUUUAAUUACUCCGUCUAUGAACAGAUAAUGAAUGUCAACUGUGAUAUAGCUUUUUAAAAUAGUAGUCAUCUUUAUGAAAAUAUAAUAUAUCAUAACUGUUCAUGAUAAAAAUAAUAGUACCAACAAUAGACUUAUAAUAGGUGAGUAUAUACAACUUAAAAGAUUUUAACAUGUGAGUUGGAAGUAUUUAAUUUUUCUUAAAACCAUUCCAAAUGUUUUAAAUCUGAGAAAAGAUCUCGUAGUUUCCAUAAAUAUCAGAUACAGCAUUGCUUUUUAAAGUUUGGGGGAAAUGUGUUUGAAAUUAUUAACUAAACAUGAAAGACUUAUGGGAGCUUUCUAUUUGUGUCGGUUUUGGCGCCCCCUGUGGACAAACAGUCAAACAUUUCUCUUACUUUUAAUUUUGCUGUAGAGAGAGUAAAAGACUGAUUCUCUGGAAAGAUGUUGAUCAUCCGGUCUGACAUCUAACCUCUUAUGGUGGUUAAAGGCAUUUAAAAUAAUUACAAUGGUGGUCUUGUUUGCCUUUGUAGGUCACGAAGAGUCAUCACUGUUUGUAUCAGUCUGUUGACAAUCAGAUUAAAACUUCUUACUGUGGCUUUAAAAUAGCUUUACUUGUAAAGAGAUGCUGUUUACAUCAAAGUUCCUGUUAAGAAUCUUUUCAUGGCUUUUAUUUCAUUGCUGAUCUAGUCCUGUACAUGUCUGAGUAUUGUUUUAAAAUCUCUCUGGUAUCUUUUUCGGUUUACGUACAUCAUGUCAGUGUGAUAAAAACAACUCUGUUGAAAUGAUAAAUUUUGUUGCAAGUGGUUUCAUUAGAUCUGGAAGAUUUACUCCUCAUAGGAGCUUUAAAAAUACUUUCCACAGUAUAAACAUCUUUUAAGGCAGCAAAAAUACCAAAUACUAUCACACUAAGUUGAAAAACCUUGACCUCAAGAAGACAGGAAAGAAAAGCUGUUAGGUAAAAAUGUGGUUGAAACCCUGCUUCUUGAUAAUAGCUGACUAAUCUGUCACACAUAUCUUUUCCUAAUAGGGGUGUAAAGUUUGAUAAAUAUGUUGUUUGUCUGGCUGCAAAAUCUCCCUCCGCUGCUUCCUUUAAAGUCAUUAUUUCUCUUUUUUCAUUGCUUUGACUCCUACUUGUUUUUCGUUAUGUUCUGCUUUUCUCCUCCCACACCUACUGAAGCACCACACACCAAGUUGGGCAGAGCUGUAAUUUUGUUCUCUGCUUUAUACCCCUGUCAGUGUCGUGCAAUGAUAAAGUAAAUGUUUACAUCAAACAGAUGGAGCUCCUCAAGUUUGAAGGAGAGACGCUCACGGAUGAUGGCGGCAUUUUAAGAAGAAUAAAAGUCAAAGGGGAAGGUUACACUAAUCCAAAUGAUGGAGCAAGUGUUGACGGUAAAGAGCUUUUUCUUUUUGUAAGAGGACAGAUAAAGGAACAUAAAACGGUGGUUUGAACGAUUAUUUGUGUCAUUUGUGUUGCAGUGCACCUGGAAGGCAGGUGUGGAGGCCGCUUGUUUGACUGCAGAGACGUCAGCUUCAUUGUGGGUGAGGCUGAAGAUAAAGGUGUUCCUCUUGGAGUGGACCGGGCCAUGGACAAGAUGCAGAAAGGAGAGUGCUGUGUACUUUAUUUACAACCAAAGUAAGUUAACAAAAGAAACCUAAACAAUUCUUCCGUUGCUCUUACGCUGUAGGUACACAGUGAGCGGUUUUCGAGUGGGACGGCUUUGUGGUUAUUUUGACUGAGUGAGCAUGAUGUGUCCUCAUGUAGCCUUUUAUUAUAGCAAUUAAGCCAAAUUAUAUCCCCAGGAACUUUUAAGCUCAUGGGAGGUAAAAUAGGCUUCCAGUCGGAUGAUGAUUGAUUUUGCUGCUUUAAAAUGCCCUCUCCAGUUUCCUGUUGUGCAGAAUAGAAGACAGAUACCAAAUCUUCAGGGAAAAACAGAACAUUUCAUAAAGAUCAUCUAUUGAACCUUAAUUUUUUUUGGCUUUCUGUUGAACUUAAGCAUUCAAUAAAAUGAAUUAAAACUCAGAACUUAUAAAUAUAUACUUAUGCUUUGUGCUGUAGACGACGUGUAUAUAUACUAUAUGUUCAAACACGGUAUCUUUUGAUGUCAGAAGUCAUGCGGUGAGUUUUUCAAUCCUAGGAGGACGGCGUAGUAUUCGUUUUAGUACAGCUAUAAUAGAAAUAGUACGUAUAAUUUAGAGUGUUAGUAAAAUACCAGCAUGUGCAGCACUUACCGUGUGGCAAUUUGACCGCCGGUUUUAUUCUUAGAGGCAAAAUAAUCGGUCUAUUUUCUCUGGUGUACAGAGAUUUUCAAAGGAUUCAAUGCAUGACCUGACACUUAACAGAGAGACCAAACAUCAUAAGAAUAAAAGCAAAUUAUAUUCUUACUUGUUCUUGAAUUGUAAAAAGAUUAAUUUGUUCAUCUUUCAUGCAAACAAAGACAGUCACCUGCAUGGAUGUGAAUCACAGCCACUCAGUUCCCCUGUUUACACAAAGUAUUUUCAGCAAUAAUAAAUAAAUCGAGUGAAAUACAGAAAGAUUAUAAAAAGAAAGAGAACACAAUGUUCUGCCCAAACCACAUCAUAUCUUUCCUGUAACUCAGCCCACACCAGCCCUCCCCAUCAGCUCCUCAGGCAAAAGCAGAGUACUCAGAAUUCAUAUUGCACUUAAAUUUAUACUGGGAAUCAACACAAAGAAGUUACCGGGUGAGACUAAAACUGACCCGAAAUGCUUUUCCAACUAAAACCUAAAUAAUUCCUCACAUUUAAAAAAUUUCUCUCCAUACUCGAUUAUCUAUAUCUAAUUCUUCUAAGGAAUCAGUUCAACUCUGCUCAUCUCUUGGCAACCCCUUUAAGGGACUGUAUUUCCCAAAUUAUCCUAUUUUCUGGUCUGUACCGAUUCAUUCAAUUCAAUAAGAUUUCACCCAUGAUCUCAAUUUCUGAAUCCACAGAUAUUUUCCCUGCAAGCGAGUGCAACAUUUUGACCGGAAUACAUGAUAGAUUCUGUACGAACACGCUCUAUACUAAAUUCAAGUCAUCUGAGACAAAAAUCAAAGAUAUAUUAAAACUGUCUGUAAAGCUCAAGGAUAUAAUCUUUUCCAAAACUGUAAAGCCUUUACUCAAAUGAGAAAUUAAGGAGUUUUAUCGCACCACAUUGUCUAAAAUAUAAAUGUAAGUUUCACUCACGGCGAGUAUCAGAGUUGUCAGUUCAUUCAUCUUUGCAGCAAUUCAAACUGUUCAAUAUGUAAUAAUUAACUUCAUUUUUCAUUUCUUGAAAAAAAAAAAACACUUCUCGCAUGCUCUGAAAUAGUUUGCCUCCUUGUUCUCCACAGGUAUGCCUUUGGAAGUGAAGGUAAACCGGAGUACAAAAUUGGACCAGACCAAGAAAUCGUAUACGAAGUAACCCUGAAAGAGUUUAAAAGGGUGAGGCUCGUCUUGCUUUUCUACAUUUUAGAAAGACUCUAGAUGGUCAAAACGUGGGUUUGGUCGAUUUUCUCAUGAGAGACAAACAAAUUCAAGCACAAAAGUUCAGGAUGUUCUACGCAGCCAUGGAGAGAUUAGCAGCUGAUUACCUCAAACAUAACAACCAUUGUUUGCUCAUUUUCUGUGACAUUCUGUGUUUCCAUUAGGUGAAAGAAUCCUGGGAAAUGGACUUGAACGAAAAGCUGAAUUUGGCCCUCGGAGUGAAGCAUAAAGGGAAUUAUUAUUUCAAGGUACUGCCCCAACGCUGACCUUCGAAUAUAGAUAUUUUUUCCAUGUUAACCUUAUGAAGAAGUUGUGAAAUAGUGUUUUCCUCCUGUAUUAGGCUGGGCGGUAUCACCAGGCAGUCAUCCAGUACCAGCGCAUUGUUUCCUGGCUAGAAAUGGAGUGUGGUACUGGGAUAGAGCAGCAGAAGAGGAUACAGGACUUUGUUUUGACGUCACACCUCAAUUUAGCGCUGUGUUACCUGAGGAUAAAAGAGUUCUCACAAGUCGUGGAAAACUGCAACAAGGUGAGCUGCAAAGCCCUGAUGAAACCCUGUAUUUGAAUGUAGUUUAGUUGAAUGUCACUGCUUGGAUUUUUUUGUGUUCCUGGGUGUCCUGGAUGCUUGAAAACAUGUUACUUUGUGUGUUUGUUUUCAGGUGAUUGAGCUGGAUGAGAAUAAUGAGAAGGCUUUGUAUCGUCGAGGGGAGGCCCGGCUUCUUCGAAACGAGUUCAGCCUGGCUAUGGCAGACUUUCAGCAAGUGCUCCAAGUCAACCCCUCAAACCGAGCAGCUCGCGCCCAGAUUUCCAUCUGCCAGAGCAAGAUUAAGGAACAUCAUGAGCAGGACAAGAGGACCUACGCCAACAUGUUCCAGAAAUUCGCAGAACGGGACGCCAAGGUCUGUUAACUCACUGUUCUUGGCUAAACGUAGAAAAACAGUCAAACCAAGUGCUUUUGUUUUCCUCUUCUCUGCUCCUGUGUUUGAUUUUCCUUCACCCAGGGAGUGAAAUGUUUGUGUUAGUUUUAACAAUGAUAUUUUUGGUUUUUUUCAAACUUUAGCACACAUUCACAUAUUUAUAAAUAUAUUUUAUAAAAAUAUACUUUUUUAAUACAUUUGAUAUCUCUCUAGCUAUGUACAGCUGUCACAUUUCCAUGUAAAAAAACAAAGUAAUACCAAAAAUGAAGCACUAAAACAAAUCAAAUUUACACCUUAGCCUCCACUGAUAUUAAGAUUAAAGCCUUUUUUGGGAUUUAUUCUUAGGUAAUAGAAUUCAAACUACAAACUUCUUUAUCUUCUUUAUCCACAAAUUGUUUAAGAAUUCACGAUAGCCAGUUUUUUAAUGGGUUGGAGAUUGGAUUCCCAUGAUACCUUUUAAACCAGUUAAUUUACCUCAAUGAGAAAAGCUGCUGGACUCAUGGUCAGCCACAUUGGGUAUCAUAAUAAGAACCACAGGCACGGUUGAUGGAGAUAAAUCCCUCCACUAUGACUCAAAUGUCAUGUAAAAUGUUAUUAUAUUCAUGUCAGGAUUGUCUUAUUUAAGUGAAAGCUGAGGAAUCAACUACAUGCAGAUUCAGUUGCAAUUUUCCAGUAUGCCGUCCUGUUGUAUUGUCCUCUGUUGUGGUAUUGCUCCUGGGCUGUCUUCAGUGUGAUGCUGACCUCUAGUGGUCAGUCAGGGGAAUUGUGAAUUUGCUCACAAAAGUGCAUAUCUUCUGUAGAAGAGGAGUAAAAACAUCAGAAGUUCUUUAUUUAAAAACUUAAGAUAUUUGAAUUUCACAGUUUCAUUAGACAUUUUGAAUCUAUCCAUCUGAUCCAUCCAUCUUUUUAAAAAUGGAUUAUUUCAGACCAGCGUAGUCACUUGUUUUUCAUCUCUACUUUACAGACUAGGAGGUCAAAACGGAGACGGGAUGACAGCAUUAGAAACAGCAUGAACGGUGAGGUGGUCACUAAACGGCGACGAAGGAGUCAGGACUGCCCUUAUUAACGACGUUUUUGAAAGGGAGGGAAAAAGCCUCUCUAGGAACGAAGUCGUACAAAGGCCUGAAAUCUGAACUUCUUUCUCUCAGUACAACGUUACCAUUCCUGCAUAUAAAGCAGAGUGUGAGCAGGGACAUUUGCAAACCGAACAGCAUUUCCUCUGCCGCACACAACUGUGCAACUGCCAGGACUAAACUUCCAGCGGAUUCAGGACUGCAGACUCAGUGAGCUGAGGUCUGAACACCUCAAGCCCUAACUUUUAUUUUAAAAAUACAUCAUAAUUUAUUUUUUUCAAAAAACACAGAGAAAUUCCAUUUUAUGUGUCAUCUGGCUGCUGUGUAGGGCCGAGAUGUGUCUCCACGGUGUGUUUUCAAAUUCCAAAACUGUACUUUGACUUGUAUUUUGUAUUAAGCAUUUUCUUGGGCAGCUGCAUUGCAUGUAUCAUGAGGUUUUUGGGAUUCAGACUUGAAACUUUGCAAUUUUUUUCAUGUGCAAUAUGUACUUUGUAACAAGUCCUGUCAGCUAAGUGGUAUUUUGAACGGAAACAAGCAUUAGUGUGAAAAACAAAUCAUCUAUCAUUUACAAGUAGCUUUGGUUCAUCAAGAACAAUCAUGAUGUAGGAAAGUCCGCAUUCAUCACUCACUGGGAAAAUACAGAAAAUAGAGCAACAUUGCAAUCACAUAAACCCAGAAUCCAAAAGAAAUAGACCCCUCUUCAGUCAUGGUUGUUCAAUAUUGUUAAAAAUCACUAAAUGAAACUACAAGUGUCCAAUUAGUAGACACAGAGGCAAAAGAAGAAUGAAAAAACAAGCACAAACAGAUAUUGUAUGAAACCAAAUAUAUGAGUUGCAAUUCUGACAGACUCACAGUUUCACCAUGAGUUUGUUGAUAGUUACAACUUAUAAAAACGUGAGAUUGAUAUGUGAUAUUUAUGAACGAUUAAUGAAGCCAAACUGAGCAUGUAAAAAAAACCUAAACUGUUGUACAGGGAGAAAAAACAGUCUAAUCUAAUCCCUUGUUUUGGUAAAAAAUGAGAAAUAAGAAAUCUCAUAAUAAGGAUCAGACCACUGCCAUGCAUUAACUCAUCUAUCAGUAGAGAGGUGCAUGAAAGGUCAUGAAUUAAUUGCUGAAAUCUCGUGUCUUAUUAAUAAGUGAUGCCACAGUACAGACACCUAACAUCAGAAGCUUGCUUGAUAUCAUCCUUUUUGUUUUAGUUUGAUCAAGUGGCAGCUGCAAAAAUGUUUUUUUAAGAAAGGAAGUUAAAAAAAUAUUUUGAGCUAAACGCGUCGGCGCCUCAGCUUUGGUAGAUUUUAGUGACUCAUGACUUUCUACUUCUGCCGCAUUUACCUUAUGGUGUAUCAGCAUCAACAGCAUAUCAGCACAAUCUUAGCAAACAUACAACUUUUACUCAACUUUUGAAUCCACGCAGGAUCGUUUUACAAGCUGUAAUGAAACUAUGAGUGAAACUUUAAGCAAAAAAAAAAGUUCCAAUCAUAACAUCACCCUGUUCCCACAUUUGUAUCACGCAGAGUUGAUGUGCUGUAGCAUGUUUGACUCUGUAAAAAAGAGGUGGGAAAGGGAUCAGAACUGCAAAUGAAGCUUUAUAAUCCUCAGAGCCACACAUUUCUGCCAUUUUUCUCUGAUUGUCUCACAGUUCAGGGAUCUUUCAGCUCUGGUCAUGUGAUCAGUUUUACAUCUGCUUAGACCGUUUUUGCCUCAGUCAACAGACGUCACCUUAUUUCACUGCAUCUUUUUAUUUUUAUUUUUUUAUUUUGAUAUGUGUGAAUGUUAGUGGAUAGUGGACAAUGCUGCACUUACAUGACUGUCAAACCAACACUGUUAUCUUUUCAUGACAUGUCUGGAUGAAAUCUUGACAAUAACCUUGAGAUGUUUUAAAAACAUUGGUUGGUUCAGAAUGAAAACCUUAACUGUCUUAAAUAUUUUAUGUAAAAAAACAAACAAACAAACAAAAAAAAAACAAAAAAGACAACAACAACAAAAAAAUACAGUGUGUAUGUGUGUGAGUGUGUGUGUUAAUAUGCUGUAUAUUGUUAUAUGUUAGCAAGGUUUUUAAACGGCUCGUUGCUAAAUGUUUUUGAGUACUGCUGGCUCUGAACAGUCAAACUUUUUUGUACAGUGGAAAUGAGCAUGAAGUACUUUUUCUAGUUAUUAAAUUGUAUUUAAGAAUAUAUUGAAUGUUAAUCCCCCUCUGAAAGUGCAAAAAAGUUUUCAGACAUCCAUCAUCAAAAUUAAAUAUCUGCCAAUUAGAGGAAUAAUUUGAACCAUUUUAACGUAAAAAGGAACUUUUGAACGCUGAAAGUUUAUGAAAUUGAAAUUGGUUUUGUCACUAUUUUUUUGUCAUUUAAAAUGUUUACAUUUAUUCAAAAGACUUUUGCAUUGUAAAACAAAAAUGUUAAAAAUAUUUUGGACUUUGCAGUUAUGCAAAAGAAAUAUAUUCAAGCAAAAAAAGUAUGUGAGGUACCUUUGUUCAUGUCUUCAUUCUAUUUUUUUUAUUUUUUGCACUUUGAAGCAUUAAAAAUAAAUUCAAGAGGUUGCAUUAAAAAAGAAGUCUUGUUGUUCAAGCUAUGCAGGUCAGUAUCUCAAGGUGUUUUUAUAUGAAUAGGUUUGCUUUUGUCAUAAGCAUAAAGAUUAAAAAAAUGUCAUAAAAUGAUUGAAUGAGAAA